UUCAUACAACAAGCGUGGCGGAUUCAUAUAGCGAUAGCAGGCUGCUGAAAAAGUAUUCGAAAUAGAUUAAAAAUUGUAGUAAAAGUGUAACUCUUAAAGCGUACUGAAAAACGGUAUACAUAUAUAUAUAUAUAUAACUAUUAGAACAAAUACUCGAAUACUCGGCGAACUACUGCAAUAAAAGUUAAAGUUUAAAAGGCAACAGCUAAAAUGGUCAAAGAAACGGGCUAUUACGAUCUGCUGGGCGUGAAGCCCAACGCAACACCUGAUGAGCUGAAGAAAGCCUACAGAAAAUUGGCGCUGAAAUACCAUCCAGACAAGAAUCCUAAUGAGGGUGAAAAAUUCAAAGCCAUCUCGCAGGCGUACGAGGUGCUCUCCGAUGCGGACAAGCGUCAGGUGUACGAUGAGGGCGGUGAGGCGGCCAUCAAGAAGGGUGGCGCCGAUUCCGGUGAUUUCCGCAAUCCCAUGGACUUCUUUGAGAAGUUCUUUGGCGCCGGCUUUGGCGGUAGCGGCGGCGGUCGUCGUCGUGAACGACGCGGCAAGGAUGUCGUUCACCAGAUGUCAGUACAGCUGGAGGAGCUGUACAAUGGGGCAACGCGCAAACUGCAGUUGCAGAAGAAUGUGAUUUGUGACAAGUGCGAGGGCCGCGGCGGCAAGAAGGGCAGCAUCGAGAAGUGUGUCCAGUGUCGCGGCAACGGUGUUGAGACACGCGUGCAACAGAUCGCGCCCGGCAUUGUGCAACACAUCGAGCAGGUGUGCCGAAAGUGUUCCGGCACCGGUGAGACCAUACAGGAGAAGGAUCGUUGCAAGAACUGUAACGGACGCAAAACUGUGCGGGAGCGCAAGGUGUUGGAGGUGCACAUCGAGAAAGGCAUGCGGGAUGGUCAGAAGAUUGUAUUUACAGGCGAGGGCGAUCACGAGCCCGAAUCUCAACCGGGUGAUAUCAUAAUAUUAUUGGACGAAAAGGAGCAUACAACUUUUGUACAUGCCGGCACGGAUCUAAUGAUGAAAAUGCCACUCCAGCUGGUCGAAGCGUUGUGUGGGUUCCAGCGCAUUGUCAAGACGCUGGAUGAUCGCGAUCUGCUGGUGGCCACGCAACCUGGCGAAGUUAUACGACAUGAAAUGACCAAGUGUAUCGCAGAUGAGGGCAUGCCUAUAUUCAAAAAUCCCAUGGAGAAGGGCACGCUAAUCAUACAGUUUGAGGUCAUUUUCCCCGAUGUGAUCAACCCAUCAGUUAUACCGACGCUCAAGCAGUGCUUGCCACCGGCGCCAGAGAUUGACAUUCCAGUUGAUGCAGAGCAUACAGUUUUGGAGGACUUUGAUCCCAAACAACGUCGCCAGCAACACCAGCGCAUGGCCUACGACGAGGAUGAGGGUGGCUAUCAAGAUGGACCGCGCGUUCAACAGUGCACAUCCAGUUAAGCGGCCUACACUUAAAACUACAACACAAAACAUAAACAAAAUCUAAAACAACAACAGAAAAAAAGAAACAAAAAAAAAAAACAAUGUCUAUAUCCAAACCAAGCGAUAUGGAGUGUGUACGCUCGCCCUGCGUUCUAUUGUAACCCAAAACAAGACGUCUUAACACCCCGAAUCUAAACCAGUUGCUGCCCCCCUGAACACAGGCGCCUAUCAGAACAACACCUGGCACCACACCACCUCCAACAACACCAACCACUAUAGCACCGGUACCACCAUAUUCGGGUGGCACUCGCAUUCAUUGUAAUAUCCCAAGCAAAAUACACUCGCAAACAUUUAACAUAAAGAAGCCGAAAUUUAAGAAACAAAUUUGAAGUUAUAUGGCUUAGGAUAUCAGAGAUUUGCUCUUCAGACUACGAGAUAUGCUAAUUACGAUAUUUAGGUAUAAAAACAAAAACUAAAAAUACUUAUCAAAAUAUGCACAUUUUUAACGCGUGGUUCGAAAACUAUAUAUAUAUAAAACUAUAAGUAUAUUGUUUUAUUCCGUUUAUGUUGAGUUGGAUAUGAGUUGACAAUAGGAGCCCCAAAACGAAACAAAAAAAAAACAUGAAAAACAAAAACAACCUUAAAUCAGUCGCCACUAGAACCGCAUAUUAAAAGUUCGCGCACGAUCGCGUCUAGGAACAAGUUUAAGUUAUUUAAUUCCAGCAUAAAUAAAAGCGUUAGAUUAAACGGA